UUUUUUUCCCUCUCAACGUUCUUAAAAAAUCGCCAAAAAGAACUCUACUAGCCGUUUGAACUCCAUUGCUAAUCCUUUCCCACUCUCUCUCUCUCUGAAUUAAUCGCAACGUUGUGAAGAAGAUCUAGCAAUCUUGAGCUUUGAAUAUCCCUUCCUCAGCCAAAUUAGAUACAAAAAAUGAAUGGGGUCAGAGGAAAAUUCAUGAAGAAGCUCAAAUCGAUCAAGCCCGCCAUGGCCUAUCUAAAUCAAGAUCGAAUUCUUCAGGCUAUUGCUCCAGAUGGGUACAACGAUUUCUUCACCAGAAACGAAAAUUUCAAACCCAAUGUUCAGAUUCAGAAGAAGAUCGAGAAAAUCGAUUCGAAUUCCGCGAAGAAAAACAGAGAUUGUGUUGAAGAUGAAGAAACAGAGGAGUCUGGUUUUGAUGUCGACGAUAAAGAGAACAUUGACCCGUUUGUUGAAUGCAGAAAUAAGGAUUCUUUGUGUUUAAGAAGUGGAAAUUUUUUAUCGGAACCAAAAAGAGAAACCCCAUUAUCGGAAAUUGACAUCUCGUCUUUCCGGCCACCGGAUAUGAACUCUGGCAGCCUCUUUGACCCCAACUUACUUGAGGUUUUUCAACAAGCUGUGAUGGAAUAUAUGAAAAUUAGGGAAGCAGAGAUCGAAUGCAGAAUCAAAUAUGAAGAAGAGGAGGAGGAGGAGGAAGAAGAAGAAAAAGAAGAAGAAAAAGAAGAAGAAAAACAGAGUCCUCCUUUCUUAUUCGAAGAAAAAUGCCCACCAGGGGGAUCAGACUCUGUAAUUCUUUACACAACAACUCUAAGAGGAAUAAGGAAAACAUUUGAGGAUUGCAACAGCGUCAGAUUUCUAUUAGAAACAUUCAAAGUGAAAUUCUAUGAGCGAGACGUUUCGAUGCACACCGAGUUCAAAGAAGAGCUAUGGAGAGUUUUGGAAACAAACAGAGCUUUACCUCCAAAGCUCUUCAUCAGAGGAAAGUACAUCGGUGGAGCAGAGGAGGUUUUGGGGCUCCACGAACAAGGGAAGCUCCGGCCGCUAUUCGAUGGUGUUCCGAUCGAUCGUUUCUCCGGGAUCCCAUGCGAGGGGUGCGGCGGAGUUCGAUUUGUGCUAUGCUUCAACUGCAAUGGGAGUCGAAGAGUUGUUGAUGAGAGUGAUGAACAGAGGAAAUGCCCAGAAUGUAAUGAAAAUGGAUUGAUACUCUGUCCUUAUUGUUGCUAAAAAAGAACAUGGAUUUUGUUGUUGAUUCUUUGAUUAUGUAAAUUGGGUUUUGAUUGUGUUAAGAUUCUUUUAUACAAAACAUGUUCUUCUCAAGAUCAAUAAGAUUUUUUUAGGGGUUUUCCAUAUUCAUUUGGCUGGAUUUAGAUGUGUAAUUAAUGUAAAAUUCUUUAUUUAGAUUCGUCUUGAC